CCUAGCAUAAGCAUGUGGAUACAAGCUGCAGUUCUAUCAUGGCUAUUUCUACUAACAGCUGUGCUGCAACCAUCACAGCAGAUCUUCAGUAUGAACAGGAAGUCAGAUCUGGUGGACAUUGUCUACCCUCCUCAGGCUCAUAGUGAAAGAGGAUUAGCAGUGUGCAAAUCUAACGCUGUAUGCAGUGUUCUGUAUCGGCGCUUCUGGUUCCGUAUGCGAAUAGAGAGAGUGUGUCGCUGCCCCCACAGAUCUGAGUGUCCUAUGGAAUGGAGCAGCAAACGGGAUAAUUACACAAUGACCCUCAACAACCGUUCACAACUCAAAUUUUGCCAAGCAGUAUCAGAAUUACCACAGUGUUCAGCAAAAAGUUACGCCAUAACAGUGAUGACACAAACUGCAACACCGUCACUCUCAAAAGAAACAAUACAUACAUCCAUUCUGGCUGCAUGCAACUGUCCACCUAAUCACUACUGGAAGUUCCAUCAGCACUCUGGCAAUAAAUUUGAGAAUGGUACUACCUACAAACGCACCACAUACAAAUGCAUGAAGCUACAUAAAUGCAAUGUGAAGGAGUUCUGUGGCAACAUGCGUGCUGACUAUUACUUUACAUACUAUCAGUGUUCCUGUCCUCAUGGUCUCUUGUGUCUACAGAAAAAUCAUGAGACAUACAAUGUUUCAGAAUUUCUGUAUACAGGUUCAGCAUACAGGGCAAUUUGUUCUCCCAACUGAAGCAGACCUGGGCAUUUUCUAUGGUCAAUCUGCUACAAGACUUUUAAGAAAUGUAUUGUAUAGAUCCAUACUGUGAAUCAAAACAGAUUGCUUUCAUAAUGUUAUGGCUUAAACAUAUGACAGAAUUAAAACUGAACCUACAAACUGAUGAUUUUCACACUAUACCUUAAACUGUAAUGAAAAAAUAAAUACAAUUAUACAACUUUA